GGUAGAAUAAAAAAUGAUUCUAGUCGAAAAUUCUCAUGCUUUACGCUGCCAAAUUAGUUAUUUACACAUUUUUAUAAUUUAGUAACGGUGGUGUUAAGCUCGACAUUUAUUUAUUUGGUUGGUUAUUCUUAUUUUGUGGAAACUGCCGGACACCAUGCCGCCAAAUGACGCAUAUACGGAUGUGGUCGAGCUGUGCGCGUUACUCCAAUGCCUCGGGUUCAGCGUAAAAUCUCUCGACACCUGCGACAACAACAACAGCCAAGACGGGCCGGGCCGGUCUGUGGUUAUCAACUGCCAGUCUUCAGGGUUAAAUGUGGUGUUAGAGAGCGAUGGUCCUGUGUGCUCUUGUCCGGCGACCAAUAAGCAGAACAGCGGCGUGUGGCAAGUCUCCGGUGUGACAGGAGGGAAGCAACUUGACAAGGAAUUCGGCUGCACACUUCUCGGUUCACUCCCCAAGGAGCACCGCGAGCGGCUGUCAGCUGAGCUGCAGGGCAUGAUCCGCUGCAUCAAGCAGUUCAGUGGGGUCGGCGAAGACGAUAGACCGCACGCCAACAAAUCUGCCAGCAUGAUCGAGCUUAGCACGCCUGAGAAAAGAUUAUUCCAAGUAAAAGUGGACACCCCCACCCGCUACCGCUCCCUGGACACCCUGACGACCGCCAAGGAGGUGGACCAGCCGCUCCCUGCGCCGGGACCCUUGCAUAGAGGCAUUUGUCAUGCGUUUACCGAUGAAGACAAACAAGAGGCCAAGACGACGAUGUGUCGAAGACAAAGCACAUACACCUUAUCUUCUACUCCUGGAAGCAUGAAAAGGACACGGAAUAAAACAUCGAGCCCGAUCCAAUCACAACAAACGUUGCUGGACAGCCUGAUAUCAGCAGAGAGGACUGCUGAAGAAUUAAAGAAUAAAAUAGCAUUUAUCAUCAGGGAGUUUGUGGACGACGGGAAAAACGAUUCUUCUAUUUCGUCUUUAGCAUUGGACGUGUCGAAAAUAUCUGUUCUGAAGGGUGAAAUCUCGAAAGCUCAAUUCGCUUCAAGCCCGAAUCUAUCCGCCUUGGGCGCUGUGAAAGAGGAAUUCCCGAAAAGUCGCUUGAAUCGUUUCGAAAGCGCUUCCACUUCCAAUCUGGCGCCAAAGGUUACCCCAAAUAGGGAUACCAAAUCAAAACUGAGGCGUUUGUCUCCAAACAUCUUCAAGCUGAAAAAGGAUAGUCCUGGAGUCAAAACUGGGGCUAAGGCGACAGAUGCCAAGAGCAAAUUGAAUAAUUGUCUCUCAGGUAUGUUUAAGCCGAAGAUAGUAACGCCAAUCCAAACCAGGUCACCCUUAGCUAGUCCCAACCUGAGCGCUUCCAAGAGGAAAUUCAGUCACGUCAAAUCCACCAUUCCCAGGCCUAUGAAGAAAGAAUAGCCACAGUAUAACCAAUUUUUCCCUAUUGGUUAUACUGUGGAAUAGCUAUGAUGUCCUCUUCGUAAAGUCUGCAGUUUUGAACCAAUAAAGUGCUUUUUAAGA